UGGCUUCGCUGAGGAUUAUUACUCCAGAGCCCACCGGGGGCUGGGAAGGGCUCGGGAUGGGGGGAGCACAGCCGCGGCUCUGUACCGAGGCCUGCGGAGGAGCCAUGAGCUCGCAGGCCCACGCACCGGCCUGGCUCUCGGGUGGGGUGUCCCGCGGGAACGCCGCGGCUCGGGGCGGAAGGCACGGCCCUGCCUAACGAGGAGGCCCGCUGGCUCCCCCUUCGGCUGCAACAGCCGCCCCCGGCAGCCGAGCAGCCGCCGCUCCCUGCGGAGAGGCAGGGGAGCCCAUGCUGCGGCGACAGGCCACUACCAAGAGGGAAGCAGCGGCUGGCGCAGGGAGGUGGCCUCACCCCAGGACCAGAGAGGAGGAAAGUCUCCACUGAGGGGAAAAGAGCGCGGGCGCCAGGUCGCUGCGGUGGGGAGAGCCCAGCCCGGAUGCCGCCGCAGCGCAGGCAGCCCAGGCCGAACCAGGCCGUGGCGCAGAGCACCUCCCCUCUCCCUCCCGCCGAUGGAGACGCAGGCGGGGGCAGGCGCUGGUGCAGAGCAUGCGUGGAAUAGCGGCGGGGAGGGAUGGUGGUGGCGCCGGCGGGCCGGGAGAGCAGGUGUUUUCCUUCUGGCUUCCUAUGACCUGUUACCAGGAGGAUUUCUUCAAAGAGUACUUCAAGAUGAUGGCGAAUAUUGUCGUCCUGAACUUGCUCAUUUGUAUUUCUCUGGCUUUCUGGAUCGUGUCCAUGACUGCAAGUACGUACUACGGUACUUUACGACCCAUUUCUCCCUGGCGCUGGCUUUUUUCAAUCUUGGCUCCACUACUGAUUGCAACACAGGGUUUUAAGAAGAAGAGUCUGGAUCACAGUGGUGCAUUGGGAGGACUGGUGGUUGGAUUUAUCCUUACAGUUGCAAAUUACAGUUUCUUCACUUCUUUGCUUGUAUUUUUUGUUACUUCUUCAAAACUUACUAAAUGGAAAAAAGAUAGAAAGAAGCAAAUAGAUUCAGAAUACAAAGAAGGCGGACAGAGGAAUUGGGUGCAAGUAUUCUGUAACGGUGGUGUUCCUACUGAGCUCGCCAUCUUAUAUAUGAUAGAAAAUGGACCAGGUGAAAUUCCAGUCGACUUUUCGAAGCAAUACACAGCAUCGUGGAUGUGCUUAUCCCUUUUGGGAGCUUUGGCAUGCUCUGCUGGUGAUACAUGGGCUUCAGAGAUUGGUACCGUUAUGAGUAAAAGCCAGCCAAGGUUAAUAACAACCUGGGAAAAGGUUCCAGUAGGUACUAAUGGAGCAAUUACUUUAGUGGGCCUGCUCUCAAGUUUGCUUGGGGGCAUGGCAGUAGGUGUAGCCUACUUCAUAACGCAACUCAUUUUCGUGACUGAUCUGGAAAUAUCUGCUCCGCAAUGGCCCAUUAUUGUGUUUGGCGCAGCAGCUGGCUUACUGGGAUCAAUUGUUGAUUCAUAUUUGGGAGCUACAAUGCAAUACAGCGGUUUUGACCAGAAUAUUGGCAUGGUUGUCAACCACCAAACAAAAGACUCCAAGCACAUAUCUGGAAAGCCUAUAUUGGACAACAACGCAGUAAAUCUUUUUUCUUCUAUAAUCAUUGCUUUGGUGCUUCCAGGUGUGGCGUGGUGUUUCUGGCCCAGGGGUUGAAAUGGUUUAAGAUUUUCUGCAUGUUAUUCAGUUACUCAAAAACUUUGAAGAGUUCUCUUUGAACUCUCUUGAAGAGAGGGAUCGGAAACUUUCAGAGAGCCAAAGGACUUUCCAUCUUAACUUAUUAAGGCUGUAAGUGUCACAUGGCAAUUGGCAUCUGUCAGAGCAAGGAAGGGGUUUUGUCAACGUGCUCUUGCUGCUCUUCACAUGGAUGUAGAUCAUUGCCAAGUGAGGUGAAGCACUUCAUUUAUCCUCACGGACCUGAAAGGUUGGCAUCUAGGUUCUCUCCAGUCCCCAGCAUCUGGAAGGGCAAGAAGCUGGAAAUAGAAGUCUAAUCUACGUCAAUCAGUGUGAUGGAGCAUUGUGGCUAUUGUCCAAGCCAGACGCAAAGUAUGAUACAACUUUAUAUAGGCAGCAGUAACAUAGGUGAAAUGGAUUCUGGUAUUUCCCAUAGUCUACAGUAUGUAAGGUUUUAUGGAAAUACUUUUUUUUGAGUGGGGAGAAGAGAGAAAUAAGCCUUGUUGCCUAUUCUGUAUCCUGAUACUAUCUCCACUUCCCUGAGAACAGGGUUGGUAAAAGUGAUGUUACUACAUAAUGUUUGAAGCAAAAGACUAAAUUUAAAAUAAAACCUCACUAUUUUUUCCAGUAAGAAUAAUAAAUUUGUCUGUGCUUUUUUGGCAUCUUUAUUUCAAAACUAAUGAUAUUUAUGAAGAUUGUCAAUACUGUGGUACUUAUUAAAUUAUCUAAAAUUAAAAAUUAUAGUUGUGAAUUCACAUUCAUCUCUUUAGAAAUAGAACAUUUUUUCUGUAAGCAUAGAAUUAUUCCAUAAUUGUUCCAAACGAUACUUUUUGGUUCUUCCUCAGCAGUGGAAGGGUUUCCCAUUUUGUUUGGGGUUGCUGUUCAGAGAUGAUGGCCUAAACCAAAGAAGUUACAGAGGUCAUCCUCGUAGUGAACGGUGAAAGUUUCGCUUACAAAGCGUUUUGAACCCGGAAUUUAAUUUCUGGUGCUCAGGAUCCUAUGUUAGGUGAUUCCAUCCUCCAUCGUUAAUUUAUGAAAGAGGUGGGAGUAAUUUAGCCAGCACAGAUUGUAUUUAAACCUUAGAGAUACCCUCGUAAUAACUGUCAUUGCCAACAUUCGGAAGGCAGAGCUCGUACUAGUAACUUACAAAGCUUUUUCUUUUUAGAGAUAGGUGAGUAUUUUGUAUUAACAUCUGAUUUUUUUUAUGAAUGUCUUAUGUAUGUUGCGUGUCUUAAUUCACUUGAAUUGUGUAUUGUGUCACCUUUUAUGGUAGUAUUCAAAAAUUUUAACACCUUCGUGUUGAGUUUACUCUUUUGAAAUCUAGUUUAUAUAAAUCUGGAAUUUAUCACUGGAACUCGUUUGCUGUAUUAUCCAAUUAUAAAGAUGAGAUUUCAAACUAGUGAAAGCUUUCUGAAAAGAACAAAUUGUGUGGCUACUGUAUGUUCCUGUGGAAAGGCACAAAAUUAUAAAAGGAAUAUAUGCACUUAAACUGUAACAAUAAACACUUGAGUUUUUUAUGUGUUGUUGGAA